UCAACCCUCACACCGGAGAGACAACUUCAUCAACGGAAGCAACAUACUCGACAAGCCUGUAUCUCACCAUGGGAACGACCUACUCCAAGCCCGCAGCUGCUCCCAGCGAGAAAACGACCACAUCCUUUGCACCAGUCUACGAUGACGAAUCCCCACAAUCUCCACCACCCUACCAAUUCCCCGAAGAAGACCUUGAAGCCGAGGCAGAGCGCAUUCCGACGCUCUCCCUCUCCCACCUGAAAUCCUGGAACGAGUCGCUCUUGCGCGAUCCCAAGAACCGCCUCGCAAUAACCACGCUCUCGACCCAGCCCUACCCCCAACUCCUCACCAACCGCACAACCCUACACACCACCUCGCAACACAUCUUCAACCUCAAGAUCCCCAACGAAGGCGCGCCAAUCACAAAUCAACGCUCCUCCGGCCGCUGCUGGCUCUUCGCCUCGACCAACAUCUUACGGCUGCCGAUCAUGCAGGAAUACAACCUCGGGGAAUUCGAACUCUCGCAGGCCUACCUGUUCUACUGGGACAAACUCGAGAAGGCCAACUGGUUCUUCGAGCAGAUCCUGGCCACCGCCACCACCGAGGAUCUGUCGGGCAGACUCGUGCAGAAGCUGCUCGAGGACCCCGUCACCGACGGCGGCCAGUGGGAUAUGGUCGUCAACCUCGUCCGGAAGUACGGGCUCGUGCCGGCCACGAUAUACCCGGAUAACUACAAUGCUAUGAAUAGCAGUCGGAUGAAUUGGUUGCUUACUGCCAAGCUGCGGGAACAGGGGCUUGUUUUGCGGAGGUUGAAGCGCGAAGGUGGGAAAGGGGUGGCGGAGGCGAAGACUCGUUUCUUGAAAGAGAUUCACUCGUUGGUGACGAUUCUGCUGGGCCCCGCGCCCAGUCCGGAGGAGCGGUUCGUGUGGCAGUUUUAUGAUGUCGAUGGGAAAGCGAGGACGGUAAAGGUGUCGCCGAGGGAGUUUGCGGGGCGCGUGAAUACCGAGACGGCGGUGCGGAAGGUCGGUGGGAGGGUGUCUGUGGCGCCUGCCAGGUUGUUUAGUUUGGUGAACGAUCCCCGGAAUGAGUAUAAUCGGCUGUUGACGGUCGAGCGGUUGGGGAAUGUGCUCGAGGGGCGGCCGUUGACGUAUGUCAAUGUUGAGAUGAAGAUCCUCAAAAAUGCAGUCAUCGCCAUGCUCAAAGCAGGCCACCCCGUCUUCUUCGGCUGCGACGUCGGCAAAUCCUCCGACACGAUUCUCGGGGUCAUGGACGCGGACCUGACCGACCUCGCCCUCGCGUUCAACGUCUCCCUCGGGAUGAGCAAGGCCGAGCGUCUGGCCAGCGGCGAGUCGGCCAUGACGCACGCCAUGGUCAUCACGGGCGUGCAUCUCGAGGACGACGGCACGCCCGUGCGCUGGCGCGUCGAGAACUCCUGGGGCGAGGCGGCCGGCCAGAAGGGCUGGUUCGUCAUGACCGAUCGCUGGAUGGACGAGUAUACCUUCCAGGCGGUGGUGGACGCGGAGUUUGUCUCGCGCGAGGUCCGCGCGAUCCUCGAGCAGAGCCCGAAGGUGUUGCCGCGGUGGGAUCCGUUGGGGGUUCUUGCUUGAUGGGUGUGGGGGUGGGGUAUGAAGCUGUGUGUGUGAUGCGUACCGACUUGAGGGUUCUGGGUAUUACGUGAUUCGAUAUUACAGCAUGGCCUUCAAGAACGAACAUCGAUUACCUCUUGAAAGGCCUGAGGGUAUUUACCUAACAUCUAUUUGCACAAACAUAGGUACAUGCCCGCUUGCAUCUGUGCCGUAGUUACUUCGUAGGUGGGGCGGAUGUCAUUGAUAUUCUGUAUCGUGGUUUGAGGAGGGAUGAGAGG